AUGGGCCUAGCUAGCUCUCGACAUCGGAGAGCGUCAGAUGGAGGCAGUGCCUCGAGUAGAAAGUUGAAAGAAAGACCCUCAACUGAUGUCACAAAUGUGGACAGGGAUUUCAGCAAAUCACAAUCGAUGCCAAUGUUGGAUCGAGAACGGAAAGGCACGAUAACGCCAGCAAAUGGUAUUACGAAGCCUGGCAAAGUCGGCGGAACAAGCGUAAGGAGAUCGGAAUCUGCAAUCAAAAGGAACGACUCAUUAGCUCCUAAAACAAGACCGCCAUUAAGACGGCAAUCAACUAGCAACAAAAUGCAAAGUAACGGCUAUCCACGACAAAAGUCAAUACGACGAGACAUUUCACAUCCAAUCGCGGCUUCGGGACGUGAAAUCAUUGUACAAUGUUUCGACAAUCCACACUCCGAAUUUGGAAAUAAGGUUUGCCAACGAGUUUUCGAGAAACGACCCGACUACCAGAACUACGUCUAUCAAAUGGGCAAAGAGAAAGCCUAUCAAAUGACGCAAAAGUUGAAAGAUUUGGUGGAGAAUAUUGUCUCGAGGAUAGAUGAUGUUGAUCACAUUGUGGCCGUGUCUCGAGCGUACGGCGAGGAUCAUGUCGAGUUGAAAACGAUGGGAUUCAAGCCUGAUUUCUGGGUGGCCUUGGCUGAUGCGAUGACCGUUGAAGGAGUGAUCCUUGAUAUGGCGAAUCAUCAGCCAGCCGACACAGUGGGUGCUUGGUCUCAACUCGUCUCCCUAAUCUUCUCCUCGGUUCGCGAUGGUUACUACUCGGCUCUGCGUGUGCAUCGAAUGAAUUCCCGUAAAAAUCUCGCUCGUCAAACCACCUCCGAUUCAACAAAUAAUGACAUCAGCUGCCCACAACCGACCUCACGAAACAAUAGUUUGAAUGGUCGAUGCACUGAGGUGUGCAGCUCACCAAGGGGGAAUUUCCCUCGUCUCGCAGCUGUGACAUUUGAU